AUGAGCGUGGACCCCAAGGAAACCUUCCAGAAUGGAAUGAAUCAGGUCUUCCCCCGCGAGAGCGAUAAUCCCGGCCCUGUUCCUCAGGCCAACGUCGUCUUCGUUCACGGGCUCUUCGGUCAUCCCUGGAAGACAUGGGCGGACAAGUCCGUCAGGGGUGCGAGCAUCUUCUGGCCCGAGGACCUGUUGUCAAAGGCAGUGCAAGAUGUUCGCAUCUUCAGCUUCGGCUACGACGCAGACGUGGAACGCUUCAUGUCGGCCGCAGGCCUAAACACCGUCCAUGAGCAUGGUAGAAAUCUGCUGAACGACCUGUGUGAUCUGAUGGACCGGGAUUUCACAGUCUGGGUGGACUCGUUCUGA